AAUUAUUUUAUUCAUGUGUAAUCUGGCGCGGUGGUGAACGUGUGCGCUCUGGUUGUAGGGGCUGUAAAGCUGACAUUUCGCCCUUUUUCGAAAUAUGUUUUUGAAAGAGGCGAUUUCUUAUGUGUUUAACUCAGUCAUAUGCUUUGGACUACAGUUAGUCUGAAGUGUACUGGUUAAUGACAAUGCUUAAAAGAUCCACCUCUCUGCUCUCGCCUGAUCCCCGCUCUCGCAGCGCGGUGGCUCAGCCUCAGCGACUCGGGGAGGCGCAGGCUAGCGCUUGCUCCUGUGGACGGAAACUAGACUAGACGGGCUUCCAAAUUUUACACAAGCUCUCAGAUGCGAAGUUCUCUUAAAAAUUAAAACAACUUGUAUACGAUGUUUUAAGAAGUGAAAUGCGCACACGAGUUGUGUAGCCCAUUAAACUUUGGGCCAGAAAUUAUCAAAGCAGAUGAAAAUGUACAUAUUGCAGAUGUUAUUUGUGCCAUACAUUUGCGCAUAGAAAUUAUUUAAAUGUAUUUGGAAGUGUUGUUGAGACUUUAUGAGGCAGUAAAACGUUGAACGGUUUAGAGAAAAGUGCGUGUGUUUGGUUGUUUGGUCAACAUGGAGUUUUGAGUGUAUGCGUCAUGUUACACAGGCAGCUCUUGUUCGAUAGCCUAACUAUAAGAGUCUUGGGUAAAAUUACUUGAUACGCCAUAGUUAACAAACUGUUCCGUUCGACUGUCUUGCUUUAGCUCCACAAGCGUAUUUUUUUUCACUUUGCUGGUAGCUUUCCACUGUUGCAGACGUGUGUGAAGGUUUGACAUUGCGCUCCCGAAAAGGAGUUGGAAACCUUGCUCGAACACAAGAUUAUUUAUAAAGCAAAUAAUCUUCGCCACGCAGUGUCACAUUCAUCGCAGCUCAUAAAUCUUAAAAAACUUUUUAGGGCUUUUAGAGGAACAAACUGUCACUUUCGUGCAACAGCUCGCGGGCGUUCCUGAAAUCGCCUAUUCAGGGUUCAGGCAUGUGCGUCAGGCAAACAACUUUUAAGUUUCAGUUGGCUACCCAGUUUGUUCUGGGCAUAUUCAGAACUUUCAAAACACUUUGUUCGGAUCAUAAUUUAGGGAUGAAUAGCAAGAGACAGCCCAAUGCAAAAAUCCAAUCUCAUAGUCUGUAGCAAGUUCUUAGGAAAAUGUUUCAAUAUCGGGUGACAAGUUUUAUAACGGUGCCUAUUUUGGUGUUUGGUGACAGCUCCGGCUAUUGCUUGGCCAUUGAAGGGAGGCGCUCGUAAAUAUCAUCUUCGUGUUGCGAAUGGUUCAGCAAGCUAUUCUUGGAGAUGGAAAGCGUAUACCUGUUCGGUUUGAAGUUUGAGAGAAAGUAGGAGGGCGGAAAAGAGACGUCUACCCUAACAAGUGCAAAAUGCAACCAUUUUUCUGAGCAUUGCUUUUAUGCCAAAGUUAAAUUAAACCAAAACGUUAUCAUGUCAUGUGUGUGACUGUAAACGCCAUGGUUCAUAUCGUUUGGCUUUUUGUUUUUAUUUUUCUAGCGGAAUAUUUUGGUUGGCUAAAGCGCUGCUGACAUCUUGUGGUAGUGAAUAUGGACCCAAUAAGUGUGAAAUGUUUUUUUCCAAACAGUGUCCAGGAGGUUGCUAUUAAAUGUCAUCGUCGGAGAGACGUAGCAAUAAUUUUGUUAAUCACAUUUGGCUACAGGUGCCUUGAUGAUGAUGUUUUGAUUGCGUCUGAGUAAUGCCCAUUAGGUACUAGUUUUACCCCACGUGUGUGCUGCUCUUCAUAGGGCGCUCUAUGCGCAUCUUCGGGAUAAAGUGCACGAAAUUGGGAUUGAGUUUAUUGCAAGCGCAUGUUAAACUUUGGCGCUGCCAUGUGAGACCAAUAUUACGCACGGCGUGAUUUGUAGUGCACCAUGCAAAGUGCGUGGAUCAACAGCGACGGGUGUUAAGUGGGAAAACUCAGUGUUCAGUGUUGAUGAAUUGUAAAUCAUAAACAAUUGGCAAAACAUGUUGUACAAAAAUGUUUGUGAGUAGACCUGUUUUGUUUUUGCCUCCGUUUGGCGAUCUUGAAUAUCUUCCCGAAAUCGGACAGUGGUCCGGUAAAUCAUAUUCAGGUGUUCGGAUUGUAGUUCAUAAUAGUAAAGACUUUGCUUUCCCAACAAUUCACAAUAGCCGAAUUUAUAGGCUACCAAUUCUGAUGCAUUGUGACCAUUUUUACAAUUCUGCCAAAAUUGAUAGACUUAUUGAUGGGUUUGGGACAAGUGCUUACAGUGUUUUCUUUAUCGCAGAAAAAAAGUUGUUGUUUUACGCAUUCGCUGCAAGGCGAGAGCAAAUUAUGUAUGCCUAUCAGAUGCCUCUGUGUUAACCAACUCUUGCGAAAUAAAUCAAGAUCAUUUCAUUGACCUAUGCGUAAAACCUGGGGGAUCUAACGGUUGACGUCCGGUGCCUGUAAUAAUUUCAUUGCAUGUUGUGUGGCUCCAUCUUAUGGCCGAUUGGAGUAGUUGAGGCGGUCAUCCAUCCUGAAGAUGAUCCGUUACGAUCUUGACAAAAUGGCUUGCGCAGCGGACAGCUGCAUCCAGUUCACUCGCCAUGCGAGUGACGUUCUGCUCAAUCUGAACCGGCUGCGCAGCAGGGACAUCCUGACUGAUGUCACCAUCCUUGUCAGCAGACAGCAGUUUCGAGCUCACAAGACCGUCCUCAUGGCAUGCAGUGGUCUCUUCUACACCAUCUUCACGGACUCGCUCAAAUGCAAUCUGAACGCCAUCAGCCUGGACCCGAAGGUGGACCCAGAGGGCUUCGCCAUCCUCCUGGAGUUUAUGUACACGUCACGGCUGACGCUGAAGGAGAGCCUCAUCAUGACCAUCAUGAACACCGCCAUCUACCUGCAGAUGGACCACGUCGUCGACACCUGCCACAGAUACAUCAAGUCCAGUGACUCCCCUCUUAAACUGCCCAGAGAGGACUUCCUGGUCAGUCCCCUGCUGUUACCUCAGGACGUCCAUGGCUACAGGCCGCACGACAUGACUGACAGCCUGGCCAGCCGAGUCACCCCCUUCAGGGACAGCCGGCCCUAUGGAUCCGGCAUGUUCAAUGCCGUCAACACUCCCAGUAGCUCCUACCACCUGUACAGCCAGUUCCCCAUGCAGGGGUUCCCCUUCCCCAUAUGCAAGCUCGCAGACGCCAAAAGCUCAUUCACGGACUUUCCCAAGCCGGGCGUGAUCCACCACAAGCACUGUCCCCCGCCGCCACCUCCUCCGCCAGAUAACCCGAGCGGUGGCGUGCUGAGUGGAGCAGAGUACUCCCGCACCACAACCGGAGGCAGUGUUUGCCACAGCGGCGCCUUUUCCGCUCGCGAGCUGGUGCGCGACGAGGAGAUGAAGAGGGAGAGCCUGGAGGGUGUGGUGCAGUCCAUAGGGGGGAGCUCCAGGAAGCACGGCUUCUCCAGCCUGGUGCCCGAGCAGCAGCCCUCACAGCAGCCACACACACAGCACAGUCACGGACAUGGACAUGGGCAUGUGCAUGGGCACGGGCACGGACACGGACACGGUCAACAGAAGGAGGCGGUAGGGAAGGAGCAGAGGGAUCAGCAGAGGCCCACCACGGACGAUGAGAUGGGCCACCAACACUACCCCAUCGGCAUGUCGGCCAGCGGGCGCAAGGCUCUGCUGAGCAGCCCCCAGAGCCCGCUCAAGUCCGACUGCCAGCCCAACUCGCCCACCGAGUCCAGCAGUAGCAAGAAUGCGGCCCUGUCCCAGAGCAGCCAGCCGGGCUCGGCCGCCCAGGGCUCCCCGGACCCCAAAGCGCGCAACUGGAAGAAGUACAAGUUCAUCGUGCUGAACCAGAGCACAAAGGAGGAGGAGGCCAGCCCCUCCCAUGACGUCGAUAUGCGCUCCCCCCAGCGCCUGGGUCUGCCGCCUUUCCUCCAGGCUGCCGACUCCGAGCAUCCCGACUCUCAGUCCGGUACGAAGAUCACGGAGCACGGGGAGGAUUUCCACGUGCCCCAGGCUAGCCGCCUCAACAACAUCAUUAACAGGACUCUGGAGGGGUCUCAGAGGAGUAGCGAUAGCCACUCAUCCCUCUACAUUAGCCACUUGAAGUGCACGUCGUGCGGCUCCCAGUCCCCGCGCCACUCAGAGGUCUGCCCCAACACUCCUGCCUCGCGCCUGGCUGAGGAGAUGGCUGAGAUGCACUCGGAGUACUCUGACUCCAGCUCUGUAGAAAACGGUACGUACUUUUGCAACGAGUGCGACUCCAAGUUCGCCGAGGAGGAGACGCUGAAACGACACAUGCUUCAGGUCCACAGCGACAAGCCAUACAAAUGCGACCGCUGCCAGGCAGCCUUCCGCUACAAAGGAAACCUCGCCAGCCACAAGACGGUACACACAGGAGAGAAGCCGUAUCGCUGCAACAUCUGCGGCGCUCAGUUCAACCGACCAGCCAACCUCAAGACACACACGCGCAUCCACUCAGGAGAAAAGCCAUACAAGUGUGAGACCUGUGGCGCGCGAUUUGUUCAGGUGGCACAUCUGCGUGCCCACGUCCUGAUCCACACAGGAGAAAAGCCAUACCCGUGUGAGAUCUGUGGAACGCGAUUCCGCCACCUGCAGACCCUCAAGAGCCACCUACGCAUCCAUACGGGAGAAAAGCCCUACCAUUGUGAGAAAUGCAACUUGCACUUUCGUCACAAGAGCCAGCUGCGCUUGCACCUGCGACAGAAACACGGGGCGAUCACCAACACCAAGGUUCAGUACCGCAUGUCCACGGACAUGCCCACAGACCUGACCAAGGCUUGCUGAGGGACGCUUCACUGCAGCCAGCUUGACCAUGGCAUUCGGGAAAAAAACAAAACAAAAGACCCUGACUUUGCACAAUCAUUGUAAAACUGUAGUGCCACACUGUGCUAAUGUGAUGAGAUGAAAGAAAAAAAAUAAUAAUUGUAAAAAUGUACGGGCAGUCUAUGCCACUCUAAACGGGUUUUAUCCACAUGUGAACAUAGAACCACAAAACGGUUUCUUGUAGUCACUUUAUUGUUUAUACGUGCAUAUAAAUAUGCAUUAAUAUUGGGAGUGUUUAUAAGCUUUGAGUUACAAAAAGCUUUAUUUUGUUGAAAAAGAGGACAGAAUGUAAAAACGUCAAAAUCCAGUUUUGGAGAAUAUAGUAUUUUAUAUCAAAGAGCUUACUUUUCUGAAAGUAUUUGGGGGAAUUUUGAUGGAAGGGCGGUAUAUUUUGGGAAUUAUUGUGGCUGUGUAAAAACAAUUGCAAAAAAGAACUUUUUUUUACAGCAAUGCCAUAGGGUUGUCUUGUACAUUGACCCCCCCCCCCAUUCAUUGUGGGGAUGGACAAAAAGGAAAUCCCAGUUGUGUCUAAAAUGUUUGAUAUCCAAAUUUGUUCCCUGUUAUAUAUUUACGAAUUGAUGGCUGCUCUUCUAAAAAGGACAAGUGCAUGAGACAGGCAAGCUCUGGUGCCGCUGGCUCGCAUAUAGUAUAUAAAUAUAUAAAUAUGAGUGACAAUGUGUAAUUCUGUCCUUGCAGAUUGUACCCUGACCAAGAAAUGACCAAGAAAAUAUUUUGCUUCAAAUGUAUUUGUAUAGAAUUGUGUAGGUUUGUUUUGUUCUUGGUUUCAUUUUUUUUUUUUGCAAGUGAAGGUUUACAGGUUUGUACUUGUACUAGAUGCUUAAACGACUUCAAAAUGAUGUGUAAUAUUGUCCAGUUCUGUUGUUUUUGUACAUACACUGUGUACUCCAGGUGCCUUUUUUCUGUGGUGACUGAAUUCUUUUACAUUCAGCCCAACUCUAUUAAGGUACUCUAAAAGGGCAGCACUUGCCCUGGUUUCGUUGUUUGUCCAUUUGUUUAUGUUAAUAUUUUUUUCCAGUGUGUAUAUUUUUAAACUGCUUUUCACCUACUUUGAAAAAAGACAUGCAAAUUUAUCAUUGCUUGAGUUGUAAAUCUUCAGGACUGGAUUUGGAAUUGGGUUUUUUUUAAACCUGCAUUAAGCUUAUUGUACAAUAUAAAUGUAUGAAUGUAAAAUAAAUGUA